UUGACAGACAAGCUUAGUGAUAUAAAUAUUCAAGAAACAACAUUCGCACAUAAUGGUGGUUCCUAACACUAUGAUGAUGAAUGAAAAUUUAUUUAAACUGCAAUGUUUGAUUAAAACUACUGAGAUACAGCAGAGCAUACAGUGCAAUUUUGGGAGAAGAUUAUUUCUUGCACUGACCACCAGCAAUGCUGAAAUUGUCCUUUAUUUCAAAAAAGAUCUCUCAUGUUUGCCUGUCAUUAAGAGAAUACCUUGGUUUCAAGGGCCACAUAAACAAAUAGCUAGUUUUUGUUUCGAUCCAACUGGUAUUUGGUUAUUAUGCAUAACCUUGGAUGGUUCGUUGUACAUAUUGCCUGCUUUAACUCUAGUCGGUGAAAAUUAUGUUACUGACAAAAGAUGGAAGACAGAUGAUGCAACCUAUAUCCCUUUUGUUAAUCUUCAGCUCUCUCAUUUUAGACCCACUGCUAUCACAUGGUGGAAAGAUACAAAAAUGUCUAUUGACAUUGGUAUCAUAGGAACUGAAUGUGGAGCAAUUAUACUUUUCAAUCUAUUAAAUGGGCAACAGUUGGGUACAACAUAUGUCAAUGGAAGUAUAAGCAGUCUGCAUAUUUGUCAAAAUGAAAACAAUGAGGCUGCAUUUGUUUUGAUAACUAGUAAAUUUCAACAACAAUGGCGUUUAUCUUUGAAACAACAUUUAUAUAAUCUUCUACAUAAUCUUGAAAACAAAGAACUUCAUAGUAGCGUAAAUUCAAAUGGUACUAUUUAUAAUAACACAGAAGAUUCUUCUGUUCCUAAUAAAUCUAAGUUACAAGAACUUAAACAGCUCUCUGUCGAAAAACUGGCCAUUUUCAAACAGAAAUUAAUUGAUACUAAAAAUCAAACAUUAGGAGAAAGUUCACAAUGCCAUGAUGCUCCAAACAAAAAAGAAAUUUAUAAUGGACUUGCUGUUAAUUCAGAAAUAUCAGAAUCUAAAACAAAUUUUAUCAAUCCAGAACCAAUAUCAAAAGAUACCUUUUUAACUUCGCAAUAUGACAGAGAAGGCCAGCAAUUAUAUACAUGUUAUCAUCCUAGCACUCAUCAUAUCACAGUGCAUAGUUCAAAUAUGGCUGCAGUACCAUUAUCGAUGCACAAAGUAUUCGAAUCAUGCGAGACUGUUUUAUUGACACAUAGAUUUUUUUUCAUUACCGAUAUUAAUCAAUAUGUGAUAUAUAUAAUAUCUGAUCAAUUAUCUGAAACUCAUAUAAAUAAAGAUUACAGAUUCAAUUCCGAGUCUAUUAUCGGAACUUUUUCUUUUAAGAGCAAUAAGGAAGUGAUACGUGCGGUUUACAAAGUAACAAAUUUUGAUAAUGUGAUACAAAGAAAAGUCUCUCAAGAAGUAGAGAAUAAAUGUACUUUACCAAAGAAUAUAAAAGAUAUUAAAAUUGAAGUACCUAAAUUAGAUACAUGUAUAAUUGUUACAAAUCGUUGUGUAUACGAAGUUAUUUUAAGAAAAUCACUUUUUUCUAUUUUCAUGGAGUUAGUAUUGAAAAAAAACGAGCUACAAAAAGCAGGAAAAUUGGCAAUGAUUUUUGGACUGAAUGGACAACAAUUGCUGGAAUAUGCUGGUGAUAUAUUUCUAUCAAAUAAAGAAUUCCCACGUGCAGUAGCUUCUUAUAAAAUGUCUAGGUGUAAAUUGUUGAAGAGUGUGUUAAAAUUUGCAUCAAUUGGUCAUACUUCUGAAUUAUUAAGUUGCCUUACUCACUGCUUAUUGACACCUGUCAUUACUGAAAUGCCUACUGCAACAAGGAUACAUUUAUCUAAUUUAUGUAUUCUUGCCUUUAUCGAAAUGACAUUGAGGGUUUGGUCAGAACAAUCUAAAGCAAUUUACAAAGAAUUCUUAUACUUUUUAUCUACAAAUAUGUUUUACGACGAAUUGUUAGCUAUUAAUAUAGCUGGUCAAACUUAUUUAUGGGAAGUAUUACAUCAUUUAGCUACACAGAGAAGUUUGUAUGGUCAAAUGUUGGAUAUUCUCAUGAAGACAGUACAAAUGUUUGGCACAAAUAAUGUUCGCCCAAAAUCAUAUGGUUUACUUAUAUGUUUAAGCGAAUCUGACUUGAUACAAGCAAUGUUAUUGAAUCAUGAUUUAGCAAGAGCUCAUAUGUUGUUUGUACGUAGUAAUCUGCGGGAAUCUCAAAUUUUCGUGCUUCAGAGAUUAGUGACAUUGUAUGAUCCAACAAAUCCAGUAUUACGACCUAAAUUGCUACAGUAUAUAACACGCCAUAAAACGUCAUAUAAUCUACGAUCUAGUCAAUGUGAUUUUACAGAUAUUACAGAUAAUAUUGAUCAGCUUGAUACACUUGUGGGAGAUAUAGUAGAAACGUUUAUAUUAAUUUUAUUGACUCUUAUACAUAAGAAACAAUUAUUAAACUCCAAUUACAAAUCUACGUUUUUGUAUGAUGUGCAAUUGCCAGAAAUAAACAAGCAGGAAUACUCGGAAAUAGCAUUGCAUGUUGAUUUUAAGAGAAGAUCACUGAGUGCUGGAUUUUCUCAUGUUGCUCUUAUUAGAAAUGGUAACAUCUAUACUUGGGGAAGUUCGGUGCAAGGUUGUUUAGGGACUGGCUCUAGCGUCUUACGAUAUGGAGCACCUCAUGCUAUAUGUUUCUUCCGAAGUAUGGAGGUAGAGGUUUUCAGCGUAUCGUGCGGACAUUGCCAUACCUUGGCUGUUACCAAUAAUGGAAUCUACGCCUGGGGAUCAAGUCAAUUUGGACAGCUGGGUCUCGGCAAAGUGUUGCAGUGUUCAAGUCCAGAAUUGAUCAUUUCACUGGCGCAAGAAAUUAUCAUCGACGCGGUGGCCGGGCAAUAUCACUCCGUAGCUCUUACUGCAGACGGCAGAGUGUUCACGUGGGGUUGGGGUAUCCAUGGUCAACUGGGUCAUGGUAACACCGACGAAAAGAUCACGCCGUCUUUGGUUACGGCUUUGCUCGGUGUGGUUGUACGAUGCAUCAGCGCCGGGUACGCGCACACCCUGGCACUAUCUGUAGACGGUAUUGUAUACGCCUUCGGAUCUAACGUCCUCGGUCAAUUGGGAAUCGGUGGUAACGCUAAGAGUUCCAUACCGACGAAAAUAUCGUUGCCGGAUGGAAUAAUACUUAUAAAUACCGGAUAUUUUCAUAAUCUAGCUCUCAGUGAUACGAAUAAAUUAUACGUAUGGGGCGCGAGUCCUCAGGUUCUCAGGUUACAAGCGCAAGCACAAAAGAGGACUCGUAUAUUAGAACAACAAGAUGAAAGAAAGAAUAAAACUUUGGAGGAAUCGGAGAAAAUGCCAAGCGGCGUUAUAAAUUUGAACGAAGAUCUUUUGGAGGACAGUGUACAAACUGUAGAAACGGAAAGGAUCACGUCUAGCGUAGAAACGCGAAAGAAACCAUCCGGAAGCGCAAAUUUGAGAAACAUUGAGUUAAUUGAUGAGAGCCAAGCGCAUUUAAAGCCAUCUAUCGUCGAUACUAGUUUGAUAAGAGGACAAAUUACUCAGAUAUCAGCUGGCUGUCAUCAUAAUGCAUUGAUAACGAAGGAUGGCUCUUUAUACACAUGGGGCCGUAAUCUGGAUGGUCAACUAGGCAAUGGUACGAGAAAAGAAGUGCCAAUUCCAACGCCCUUAUCUUAUAAUCCAGCUUGUAUUUUGGCGCAAAUACCACCUAGACACACUGAUUUUAAGAAGACACAGAAUCAACGAGACUCAGAUAAUGGUGCUAAAUCAAACGAUUUAUCGACGAAUAAUAAAAAUGCGCAUGAGAAUAAUGGAAAUGUUACUGGUGUAUCGAAAUCGGAAAAUAUAGAUCACAAUAAUAAGGAGAGAAGCAAUCCUAUAAUUAAUACCGUUGGGAUCGUCUGUGGUUACGAUUAUACGGUUGCGAUACAACCAGGAGGUACAGUACUAGCCUGGGGUAAUAAUAACAGGGCGCAAUUAGGUCGUAUCCCCGCAAAAGAGACGCGCGAUACCGACGAUAAACUUGUAUUGCUGAAAUCGUCAAAGCGAGUAGUACGACUUCCCAAUACGUUGCACGUAGCUCUAGACGUUCCCAGUCAAGUGCCCGGUAUUUCUAUCCCUGUAAUCUCUUAUCAAUCUAACGACGCCACCUGUUUCACUGGACUUAUUCGUCCUCUGAGCGUCAUCGAAAAGUCACCUGGGGAAUUGACGCUUCAUUAUGUCCUGGAACAAUUUUACUCUUUAUAUCAUUCUGCUAAUAUUAUGGACAAGUGUAUCGAAUUGGAAAAUUAUCAAGCUUGUUCUAAAAUAGCGGCAUUAGAAGGUGACAUUCUGACCGCUUUUACAUAUCAAUUGAAGGCGUUGCACAAAUUAAGUAUUCGCUCAUCUAUAAGUCAUUCAAUGUCGGAAACAAUUCCGCGGGAAUCCACGGCUAAGAUUAUUUCGCAAAAUGCGGAUGCGACGAAGGACACUGCAUCUUGUCGAAGCAUUAAGAAAAAUACUGAAUUGUUCAAUAGACAGGCGGAGAAAAAUCUUAUGGAAUCUCUGGAAAACAGUGUCACGCGAAGCUGGACAAAGAUCUCCACGAGUAGAUCAUUGAAUAACUUACAAGCGAUCGCACAAGAAUUUUACACCUUUGAUUGCCAGGGUGGUUUAGAAGAAUUAUGUAUAACGCGAAGAAAGGAGGAAGAAUCACCUUCGAACGAAAACCAGAUUUCUGACAUUGAGUCUAGUCCGAACAGGGAUGAGCAAUGCGAAUGGAUCGAACAUCUUUUCGAUAAGAACGAUUCACUGUCGCACAAAAACAUUGCCCGUAACAAUGUGCAAAAUCUUACUCGAUCAAUUUGCGCGAAAACAAUAAUAAAUAAUGUUAAUAAUGACAAUCAAAUGAAUCAGUGUGACGCGUAUAAAGAGAAUAUCACGUUUCCUGAUAAAGUGUCCUCGCGUUCUCAAAGAAAUUAUGUGAUCAACGAAACCAUAAAAGCACUAAAAUUUUAUUUAAACAGAAUCAGUAACGAAGCAAAUACUCUGAAAUGUGAAAUAUUACGAAGCGCGAUCCGUUUUUGGUUUGAACAUGAUUUACCUAUGCAAAGUUUGGAAAAUGUUUUUCUCGAACAUAUAUGUAUUAUCUAUUAUCCACUUGGAUUAUUAUUAUUUUGCCAAGAUGCAAUGGAAAAAUACCUGGAUAUAAAUAAGUGCGACAAAGAGAAUAAGAACAAUUGGCGGAUAAGUGACUUAUUCUCGCUCAAAUUUUGUCUACAAAUAUUAUCAAUGUUGAUGCAACAUAUAGAUGAAGACGAUACUAUGCCCGAAUACAUCAAAAUCUUCUCUUCUCUAAUGGCUGAUAAUUACGGAGCGCCAUUAAACGGAUAUCCGGGCACAAGUAGAAAUAACAGCUCGCAACAAAUGAUGGAAGGAAUUAUCAGUACGGUAUCCUCCGAAAUGGAAGAUUCCAAACUAUUUGCACACAUCAAGGAUUCGGAUGCUGUGGAUCGUUUGCUCACGAUGGAAGAGGAUAAUAUGAUAUUUACUUGUGGACAUCACUUUCCAAUUUCUGUAUACGAGACGGAUGUUAUUCCGACGAUGGAAACCGAAUUAUUGACGUCUCCGUCGUUAGUUCUUCCAUGCACAUCGCAGUAUUUAGGAAAUAUGUUAUCUCAUACGUCUAAGCCAGAAAUUCUAUGUCCAUCGUGUAUAGUUGGAGCAUUGAAAUUGACGGCAGAGAAAAGUUACGAGUGAAACUAUUUCUCCGAAACACGAGCGAAAAGUUUGAGAAUUUUUUCAAUGAUCUGAUAAUGAUUUUCACGCGCAAAGUGUGAUCUUUUCAUUACGCGUACAACUUUCGAAAUAAGGACAGCCAUGUUUGCUGUAAUUUAAUUAUAACUUUGACACUAACGAAUCAUUCUAUGAUUCUCGAACAUAUCCGAUUUUUAAAAAAUCGUAUAGCAUAUUAUAAAUAAAAUUUUGCUAAAAAUCGGACAAAACGAGAACAAUCGAAAUGAUUAAUGCAGCAUAAAUAAAAAAGCCGCGACAC